UAAAAUCACGAGAGGAGUUAUGUUGAUCGACGUAGUUGAGUCAUAGGGUGGAAUGGGAGCAGUUGAGAAAGUAUAAAAGAGCUCGAGCAACGCGGCAGGUCGGCUUCUCAGAAGCGGGCAUUGAUUUAGGAUUAUUCGUAUUGUUGUUCUAUUGAUUGAUAAUACGAAUUAUCCCAUAAUGGCCCUGAGUCAAACUAGCGUGGUGAGUAAUGAACAACAACCACGAAAAUAAUAUGCUACUGAAAAAAAAAAACAGGAAACAAAGCAUCGUGCUUAACGCGCCGUAUUUGAAGUUAUACAACACAGUCAUCGAAGAUGUCAUAGCCGGCGUGCGUGAAUCAUUUUUAGACGAAGGCGUAGACGAGCAAGUAUUACAGGAAUUGAAACAAAUAUGGGAGACAAAAUUAAUGUCCAGUAAAACUUUUGAGGUGAAUCCAGAUCCCCCAGAGCCCCAGCCUCCUCAACUUACUACCCACAAAACAGCAGCAACAAAUAAAGCUGGAAAUACUGGAAAUCAUUUUGUGCAACAGCCGUCAACUGCAGCUGCAGUACAGCAACAGCAGCAACAGCAACAGCAACAACAGCAGCAGCAGCAACAACAUCAACAGCAGCAGCAGCAGCAACAACAACAACAACAACAACAACAACAACAGCAGCAGCAGCAGCAACAUGUGCAGCAACCGGGUCAUCCUGUGCAACAACAAUCUAGUGGUAUUGCGCAGCAGGUAGUUACUGCUCCUGCUGCAGUCUUAGACAGACAAGUCCCAAUUCAAAUCACUCUUCCUGCACAAGCUGGUCAGCCCGAUGCUCAGCCCCGAGUUCUCACAAUACAAGUUCCAGCCUCAGCGAUUCAAGGUAACCAAUUACAUACUAUUUUAACUGGUCCUGUAAUUACUGCCGCGAUGGGACUCCCUGCGAACCUGGCGUCAACACUGUUGCAACAACAUGUAAAUGCUACACUUCAAGGACAAGCUACGCUUGCACCUAUUCAACUAGCCCAACCAACUGUUGUAACACAGAAUACAAACAGUGUAACAACACAGCGAAGUGCCCAAAGUCAGGGUAACAUAGCCCAAUUGGAUGGGCCUAUGGUUGAUACGUCUGACGAAGAUGAUGAUGAGGAAGAAGAAGAUAAUGAUGAUGAUGAUGAAGAUCUUGAUGAUAGAGAAGAAGAAGAAAAUGACGACGCUGCUGCACGUGAGGAGGAACCAUUGAAUUCUGAAGAUGAUGUUACCGAUGAUGAUCCAACAGAUUUGUUUGAUACAGAUAAUGUAGUUGUCUGUCAGUACGAUAAGAUCACAAGGAGCAGAAAUAAGUGGAAAUUCUAUUUAAAAGACGGGAUAAUGAAUCUAAGUGGGAAAGACUAUGUUUUCCAAAAAGCUAAUGGGGAUGCGGAAUGGUAAGGGUCCCGCUGCUACUUUUCUUCUAACAA